CUGGGGCUUUCCCCGCCCGCCCCCGGUGCCGGGCAGCGGCCCAGGGCUCGGCGCGUUCCAUUUCCCCCGCGUCACGGGGUGGGGGGCGCAUGGGAAGCCCUUCGCUCGCUCCAGAGGCGGGACACAGACCGCCGUAGUGCCGAUGCCGGGUUAGGCGCAGUGACCCCACAAGCCCGAGCUCGGGGGACGGGGAGAUAGCGGCGGGACGCCUCGGGACAGGGAGGCGCGGAGGGCGGGGGCGGAGUUGGUAGGUUCCGGAGGGGGCCGGCGAGUGCGGAGCGCGGGCGCCGCGGCUGUCAGUGAGCAGCGGCGCCGCCAGCGGGGAGAAGCUCAGCUGGGGUUGCCGGAGCCGCCGCCUCGGGCUGCCGGAGGAGCCGCCGCCGUCGGGCCCCGCCGCCCCCGCCCCGGGCCCCGCGGCGGCGCAGGGCGCGCUCCGGCGCGCGGCAGGUGCAGGGCGCGCCGUUGGAGGGAGGCGGCCGCGCCACCGCCCCGGCGAUGCCGGCGGUGCAGAAAACGGUGUCCGAGAUCCGCUCCCGCGCAGAGGGCUAUGAGAAGACAGAGGAUGUUUCAGAGAAAACUUCCCUAGCUGAUCAAGAGGAAGUGAGAACUAUAUUCAUCAAUCAGCCUCAGCUAACCAAAUUCUGCAAUAAUCAUGUCAGCACUGCAAAGUACAACAUAAUCACAUUCCUGCCAAGGUUCCUUUAUUCCCAGUUCAGAAGAGCUGCUAAUGCAUUUUUUCUUUUUAUUGCAUUGCUUCAGCAAAUACCAGAUGUAUCACCAACAGGCCGCUACACAACAUUGGUUCCUCUCUUAUUUAUUUUAGCUGUAGCUGCGGUGAAGGAGAUAAUAGAGGAUAUUAAAAGGCAUAAAGCUGAUAAUGCGGUGAACAAGAAACAAACUCAAGUACUACGAAAUGGUGCAUGGGAGAUUGUCCACUGGGAAAAGGUGGCAGUAGGGGAAGUAGUGAAAGUGACCAAUGGGGAACAUCUCCCAGCUGAUCUCAUCAGUCUGUCCUCAAGUGAACCGCAGGCCAUGUGCUACAUUGAAACAUCUAACUUAGAUGGUGAGACAAACUUAAAAAUUCGACAGGGUUUGCCAUUAACAUCAGACAUCAAGGACACAGAAAGGUUGAUGCAGCUCUCUGGCAGAAUUGAGUGUGAGAGCCCGAACCGACAUCUCUACGACUUUGUUGGAAACAUCAGACUGGAAGGGCAUGGUACUGUUCCAUUGGGAUCUGAUCAGAUUCUUCUACGAGGAGCUCAGUUGAGAAAUACUCAGUGGGUUCACGGGAUAGUUGUCUAUACUGGACAUGACACAAAACUUAUGCAGAAUUCAACAAGUCCACCUCUUAAAAUGUCUAAUGUGGAACGAAUUACGAAUAUUCAGAUUUUGAUUUUGUUCUGCAUCCUUAUUGCCAUGUCUUUGAUCUGCUCUAUUGGUUCAGCUAUAUGGAACCGAAGGCAUACUGGAAGAGACUGGUAUCUAGAUCUAAAUUAUGGUGGAGCAAGCAACUUUGGAUUGAAUUUCUUGACUUUUAUCAUUCUCUUCAAUAAUCUAAUUCCAAUCAGCUUGUUGGUUACACUUGAAGUCGUUAAAUUUAUCCAGGCAUAUUUCAUAAAUUGGGAUAUAGACAUGCACUAUGAACCUACGGACACUGCUGCAAUGGCUCGUACUUCCAAUCUCAAUGAAGAACUUGGACAGGUGAAAUACAUAUUUUCUGACAAAACGGGUACCCUGACAUGCAAUGUCAUGCAAUUUAAGAAGUGUACAGUCGCAGGAAUUGCAUAUGGGCAAGGCCCACAAAAUGGAGAAGAAAAAACAUUUAGUGAUGUUUCAUUGCUGGAGAAUCUUCAAAACAACCAUCCAACUGCACCUAUAAUAUGUGAGUUCUUGACAAUGAUGGCAGUGUGUCAUACAGCAGUUCCAGAAAGAGAAGGUGAUAAAAUUAUAUAUCAAGCAGCAUCCCCAGAUGAAGGAGCAUUGGUCAGAGCAGCCAGGAAUCUUCAUUUUGUGUUCACUGGAAGGACGCCUGACUCAGUAAUCAUUGAGUCUUUGGGACAGGAAGAGAGAUAUGAACUGCUAAAUGUCCUGGAAUUUACAAGCACUAGGAAGAGAAUGUCAGUGAUAGUUCGCACACCAUCAGGGAAGUUAAGACUCUACUGCAAAGGAGCUGAUACUGUAAUUUAUGACCGUCUUGCUGAAAGCUCAAAAUACAAAGAAAUCACCUUAAAACAUCUAGAGCAGUUUGCUACAGAAGGCUUAAGAACUCUGUGUUUUGCUGUGGCUGAGAUUUCAGAAAGUGAUUAUCAAGAAUGGUUGGAUGUCUAUCACCGUGCUUCUACAUCUAUACAAAACAGAGUACUGAAACUUGAGGAGACUUAUGAACUAAUUGAAAAAAAUCUUCAGCUGCUCGGAGCAACAGCAAUUGAAGAUAAGCUACAAGACAAAGUGCCUGAAACCAUAGAGACACUCAUGAAAGCAGACAUAAAAAUUUGGAUCCUUACUGGGGACAAACAAGAGACUGCCAUCAAUAUUGGUCACUCUUGUAAACUUUUGAGAAAGAACAUGGGACUAAUUGUUAUAAAUGAAGGCUCUCUUGAUGGAACAAGAGAGACACUUAGCCAUUAUUGCAGUACUCUUGGUGAUGCUUUAAGGAAGGAAAAUGAUUUUGCUCUCAUCAUUGAUGGUAAAUCUCUGAAGUAUGCUUUGACAUUUGGAGUAAGACAGUAUUUCCUGGAUCUGGCUUUGUCAUGUAAAGCUGUUAUUUGUUGCAGGGUAUCACCACUCCAAAAAUCUGAAGUUGUAGAAAUGGUUAAAAAACAAGUUAAGGUAGUAACUCUAGCAAUUGGUGAUGGAGCAAAUGAUGUUAGCAUGAUACAAACAGCACAUGUUGGUGUUGGUAUCAGUGGGAAUGAAGGUCUACAGGCUGCUAAUUCUUCAGACUACUCAAUUGCUCAGUUCAAGUAUUUGAAGACCUUGCUGUUGGUUCAUGGAGCCUGGAAUUAUAACAGAGUAGCUAAAUGCAUCUUGUAUUGUUUCUACAAGAAUAUAGUCCUUUAUAUUAUUGAGGUCUGGUUUGCAUUUGUCAAUGGCUUUUCUGGACAAAUUCUUUUUGAAAGAUGGUGUAUAGGUCUUUACAAUGUGAUGUUUACAGCAAUGCCUCCUCUGACUCUUGGAAUAUUUGAGAGAUCCUGCCGAAAAGAAAACAUGCUGAAAUACCCUGAGUUAUACAAGACUUCCCAAAAUGCACUGGACUUUAACACCAAGGUUUUCUGGGUUCAUUGUUUAAAUGGCCUCUUCCACUCCUUCAUUCUGUUUUGGUUUCCACUAAAAGCCCUCCAGCAUGGUACUGUAUUCAGCAAUGGCAAAACUUCUGAUUACCUGCUCCUGGGUAACACUGUAUACACUUUUGUGGUUCUCACUGUGUGUUUGAAGGCUGGAUUAGAGACCUCAUAUUGGACUUUGUUCAGCCAUAUAGCAAUCUGGGGAAGCAUUGUACUUUGGGUAGUGUUUUUUGGAAUCUACUCUUCUUUGUGGCCAGUCAUUCCUAUGGCACCUGAUAUGUCAGGAGAGGCAGCUAUGAUGUUCAGCUCUGGAGUGUUUUGGAUGGGACUUCUGUAUAUUCCUAUGACAGCUUUACUUCUUGAUAUAGUAUACAAAGUAGUAAAGAGAGCUACUUACAAGACACUGGUAGAUGAAGUUCAGGAAUUGGAAGCAAAGUCUGAGGAUCCUGGAGCAGUUGUGCAUGGCAAGAGCUUAACUGAAAGAGCCCAACUACUGAAGAAUGUUUUUAAGAAGAACCAUGUGAACUUGUACCGCUCUGAUUCUUUGCAACAAAACUUGCUUCAUGGCUACGCCUUCUCUCAGGAUGAAAAUGGAAUUGUUUCCCAGUCUGAAGUAAUAAGAGCUUACGAUACCACAAAGCAAAGGCCUGAGGAAUGGUGAAGGAACACAGCUGGAGAUUUAGGCUUUAGUUGUUACUUCUGCAAGACAGGCUACUAGAUCUUUGCUGAGAGCUGCAACCAUGGUCCAGUUAUCAGACUUUGAAAGAUCUAUGAUGGUCUUGUUCCAUAAAGUUUGGAUUUGUGUAUUCAGUAGACAUAAGCACUGUGCAAUUAUACUGUAACACACUAUCUCUAAAUUUUUAACAAGUAUUUGCUUAGCCUUUGUAAACAGAUUGGAAUUUACCUUGUAUCUUGCCAGCUUGCUUAUUUUACAAUGAAAUUGAAUCAACACUGGUCAUAUACUAGAAGGACAGUGGUCAGAUUGCUAAACGUACUUUACACUGACAGAUCAACUGGCAUCUGUGAAGGUUUUUAAGUGUUAAUAUAUUUAAAUACAGUUGAUAACAAGCCUUUGAUUUCAACAAGUGCUGAAAAAUACCCAGUAUCUUAAUGGUGUUAAUUCACCUUCUUUAAGAAAGAUUUUGAGUCAAGAUGCUCAUAGAUGUUUGUGUCAAACUAACUUAAAAACAUUUGCCAAAGAAGUUCCAUAGAAGUUUUCUUUUAGAAACAAUUUGAAAGUAAUCUAUCUCCAGUCCUGAUCUCAGAACUGCAUGCUUGAGUCUCCACACUUGAGGAGAAAGUACAGUGAGUCUAAUUUGAGUGGCCUUUUUGGCAUUUGCUUUCAAAACUGCAAGUCUUUGCACCUUUGGCCUUAUACAAGCUUUCCCCUUAUUUUCAUUUAGUAUUGCAUAUGUUGAAUAUGGCUGCCAACUUGUAUAAUGGAGUACACAUAAUACUUUAUUCAAUUUUUAAGAAUUGCUCUGCCUUACUUCCCUUUAGCAAACUUAUUUUUGUGAUGCUUAGUUGUAUCUGCUUAUACUGUAGGUUCAAAAGAAAGUUUGUUUAAACUUAUUUUUUAAAAUUAAUCAAAUUUUCAACAUUUUUAUACUAAGAUUAUUUGAAAUGCAUACAUUGAAAUACAGAGCAAAGCAUGUCCUUCGCUAGUCUGUGGUAUGUACUGGUUUAUUUGCACUAAAGUUACUUCCUAUAAAUGUGUGAAAUACAUUGCAGCAGUCUCUUUACAACUUAUUGGUCAUGCAGGAUACUUACAUACUCUCACCUUAAUUAACAUGGAGAGGAAGUGACUGCAGAAAAAAUACACACCUCGUAUGAGGGGAAAAAAAAGAGAGAGGUAUUAAAUGAGAACAUUGUGAUACAUUCUUUAAGUAGUUAUACCUUGAAUUUCUCAGCUUACCGUCCAACAACCAUCAGGUUUCAAACUCAGAAAAGCUACUUGAACUUUAAAAUUUAGUCAAUUCUUGCAAGUCUUCUGUCCAUGUUUAAUUCUGGGUUUUAAAGCCACCAUAAUUACAUUUAAAAUACAAUUUUCUAUAGUAGCAGUUGGUUUUAUUGUUAAGUAAAUUUUUGUGCAUUACAUAGGAAUGAUCUCUUUUUCUUUCAAUUGAGAUCAGCCAGAUGGAAAAGCAGAAUGAUGUCCCCAGUGAUCUGUUAAAUUAAGUAUUUCCUUUUUGCUCUCCAAAUCAUAACAAGUCAUCCAGUCCCAUCUUUUCUCUGCCCUCCUUCAUUUUUCAUAUACUUACUAAAGGUGACUUUACCUCCUUGCCUUUCAUCUAGCUGAAUGCUUAACAUUUAAUUAAUCUCACUGUCCAAGUUUCUUAUUCUCCACUCUAAGAGAAACUUAAAAAUACACAGAGAAAACCCAACAAAAGGCACUAUAUAAAAGUACACAUUUAGGAAGGUGUAUCGGGGGGAAGGCAGGCUGCAUUUCCUCUGUGUGUUGCUCAGUGUCUUCCUCUCACUUGCCGGGAGCCAUCUCUGAACUGAAGGGACAAGGACAAAGGGAGCGUAUCCCACCCGAAAUAGUUCUGCCAAUCAGUCAGCCAUGCAGACAAGACCUGCCUUCAGAAAAGCCAUUGCAGGCAUAGAUAAAUAGAUGGAUCAAUAUGGGAGGGCCAAAUCACUUGACCUAAGGCAAGAAAAAAUUUGGGGGCGUGCCCCUUUCCUAAAAUGGGGAUCCCUAUUUUCUGUCAUCUAAGAGACAAUGACCAACUUCCAAACAUUUCUGAAAUUACCCACGACACUGUUACCCCUCUAUAAUCUUUCAGUGUACUUAACUUGCAUAAGCUUAUUCCAUACAUACUUUCUUCAUGAGCAAUUUUUUUUCUGUUCUAAUUGGUUGAACUGCUAGUUAUAGUUACAGAUUAGAAUACAUUGUGAAAUAUAUACAGUGAGAUAUUUACAUGAUCUCUUACUGUGCCUAUGAAAUAAAAUUGUCUUACCAUUGUAAUACAGCUUGAAGAAAACAACACACAGUAAGUACAUCCCAAGUUACCUACCUUAAAAAGGACAAGUGACUGAAACACCUCUAAGAUCCUAAAUUUAGACUAAUUUAAAGGUUUGUGAGUAAUCUUAUCACAGCAUUUCAUGCUUACAAUCUUUUCAGAAUUUGAAGGAGUAUUCCUCAAAGUGCAAUUUUUACUGCUUUUGAUUAAUUUUUUCCUGUCUUUGUACUUUUUCUGAUAAUUAGUUCCACUUCUUAAAAAUAGCAAAAAAUACAAAUGUGGCAAAAACGGUGGGUUUUGACUGCUCAUACAAUUCCAUUUUAAAAUAUAAGAUUAUUUUAGUUAUGCAUGCCCAUUUUUAAAUCAGGCCAAGUAUACAAUAUGCACUUUAUUUUAAGUAAACAGUAAUGUUAAGUACACAGUAAUAUAAUCUAUUAUAUAAUCUGUUUCCAUCCUGUUCGUAUGUCGUAUCUUUGUCAAAAUAAGGAUAUUCUGCUGAUGUUUGUUUAAAGGAAAAAAAAACAGUUGAGGCAGAAAUGCUUAUAACAAUGCCUCUGUUCCUACUGUUUGAAAAUUCAGAAGUAUAUUACAUAGAGAGUUCACAUGGACUUUUCCAUCUGUUGUGCACUGCAAGUUAGUAUUAAAAAUUUCCAUCUAAAAGAUGAACCCGUGCCACUAAAAAAUCGGGUAUCUUAUAUAAAUACUUUUGCUUGAUUAUUUUUAAAUAUAUUAAUAUAUAUAUAUAUAUAUAUAUAAAAAUUACUCAAAAGAGUAACUGGAAACAAAUUUUAACAAACCUAUUGACAGUUUGUAUCUGGAAUUUUUUCUUGCCAUUUCCUAAUUUUACACAUAUUUUUGCAAAGCAGUUUCAACAGAUUUAUACUUAGUCAUCAUUCUAUUUGUAUAAAAUGAUAAAUAAAAUAUUUUGAAACACUAGAAGAUAGCUGAAGAUUCCUAUAUGUCUACAUGCAUCCAUAAAAUUCACCUUGUUACAAAGAUCAGCAUAAAGUGUCUUAAGAUGCAUAUCAUUUGAACCCAUCUUGAAUGAUGAGUAAUUUGGAAUAUGUGUUAAAUUUAAGGAGAAAAGAUUUUUCCCUUUUUUCUUGUGUAUUGUGUAAAAGCAGUUGUAGUUCUGAUGAAUUUAUCAUUCUGUCUGCAUGAGGCACUAUUUCUAAGUGUUCUGAGGCAAUGCAUGGUGGUUGUUGAUCCGUGUUUUUUAAUGCCUUCGUUAAAAGUCUGCUCAUAAUAUAUCGAGAAGCUAGUGCCGUGUAAGCAAAUGAGUUUGUCAGUUCAGCUUCCUUGGUACUGGAUGUUUUCACUGGUAACAAAACUCAACAAAUGAGUUCCUCCUUCCCCCUCUCUGCCCUUGCUCCCCCGGUUUCCUUGCUGUUAACCAAUAGAUCUUUAUUAAACAAAGGAAUAUUUUAGCAUUCCAAACCUGGUUCCUGCUUAUGCAAACCACUGCUCAUAUAGGGUUCAACUGGACUGCUUUUGAGUAUAAGGACUACUCAUCUGAGCAACGACGUGCAAAGUUGGGCACUUUUGGUUGAUACUGAAAUAAAAGUGUUUCCAUAUAGAGUGUGAUGUGUAAUUGCAAAGCUGUGACCAGAGCAAGUUUUAUUUUUUAAGUCAUAUUUGAUGGUGUUUCUUUAAUGUGGCAUAGAAGCCAUAAAUGCAUUAAUAUUGUUUUUCUACUUCAACAUAAUUUUUCAUUACGAUUUUCAGUGUUUGAUGUAUGAACUGCUGCAGAAAGCGGUCAGUCUAAAACAGCAAAAUUUGCAUUGAAGAUAAAGUGAGGUUUUACAGCUCCACUAAGCCAUUACUACUGAAACUGUUGUGGAAAUUAAUGAAGCUGCAUGAAUGAAGAUUUUUUGACUCCGUGUUUAUGGUAGUUUCUCAGGUUUAGUUUUAACUGGAUGUUAAAUGCACUCUGUUUUUUUAAAUAGUUCUUUUAGUAACACAUUCAGUUCUAUGCAGUGUUAAAUGUCAUUUGGCAUUUGGUGAAUGUGCAUGUUUUGAACUGCAAAUUUUAAAUGUUUUGUCUUCUAAUUGUUAAAAAAUGAAUAAACUUUGCCAUUAAAU